UCCCGUCGCGAGUGUGCAGUGUCGAUCUCUGUCUGGGAGUCGGGAGAUUCAUCGAGAAGAUCCGCUAGUCGAGCGAGCAAGGAGCGCAUUAAUCGAGCUUCUCUUUCUUGUAUCUAUGUACAUCGUAUCCUGCGUACACGUAUGCUCACAGGCAGUUCCUGACGACGACGUCGCGUGCGCUGUGCUCCGAAUCGUCGCGAGUGUGUGAGCAAGCGCUGGCUGCCCAAGAAUCAAGAGAGAGAGAGAGAGACAGACAGACAGACAGACAGACAGACAGACAGAGAGAGAGAGAGAGAGAGAGAGAGAGAGAGAGAGAGAGAGAGAGAGAGAGAGAGAGAGAGAGAGAGAGAGAGAGAGAACGAAAGAGUACACUGGGGCAGAGAAAGACAGUUUUCAUAAAAGUGCUUUGUGCCACGACAAGGAGCUGCCGCCCGCGAGCAUCGCUAGCGUAUAUGAUAGUCUCUACAGAAAAUGAGUCGACAUGAUGGGGUAAGCUGUGACUCCUGUAUGAAAGGAAAUUUUAGGGGUCGCAGAUACAAGUGCCUAGUGUGCUAUGAUUAUGAUUUGUGUGCCAGUUGCUAUGAGGCUGGUGCUAGUACCACUCGUCAUCUCGCUGAUCAUCCUAUGCAAUGCAUUCUCACAAGAUCAGAUUUUGAACUAUAUUAUGGAGGAGAAGGAGUGAGCAUUGAGCAACCUCAAUCUUUGACUUGUCCAUACUGCACAAGGAUGGGAUUUACAGAAACAACUUUGCAGGAACAUGUUUCUGCAGAUCAUCCCGAUACUUCAUUUGAAGUGAUUUGUCCGGUAUGCGCGUAUCUACCUAGUGGCGAGCCAAAUUUGGCCACUGAUGAUAUUGCCGGUCAUUUAACUUUAGAGCAUCGUAGCGGACCUAGAGAUUUAAUAACUUUUCUUGACGAUUCAGCUUCUAAUCGAUCUAGUGUACGCCGAAUACCUCACACAGCUCGAGGUGUUGGUUCAUCUAGAAGUCGCAGGUCCAACAUGCAUUUCAAUUCUUCUGGCGGACUCAGUCCUAGUAGUAGAGAAGGGAUUGAUCCAAUCGCCGAAUUGCUGUCACAGUUGUCUGGAGUUAGAAGAACUGGAGCAAGUGGUUCUGGUAGUGGAAGUGCCGUUCAGAGCUCAUCUGCGCCAUCGCAGUUACAACAAUUACAAAUGCAAUUACAGAUCGAACGUCAACAAGUCAGAGCUGCGAGGCAACAAUUAGAACGAUUGCCAAAGCGACAGACUCAAGUGAUCGGCUCAGUUGCCGGCGGGGCAAGCAGCAGUGGAAAUCACUCGAGCACUAUGUCUAGCGUUGUACCCAGCAAUGCGGCUAAUAACAAUAACGUUGCCAGCUCUGCCAAUCCAUCCAGUGUAUCGGCAUCGAAUGCACAGAAUUCUAUGUUUCUGUUACCUCGAUGCAUAGCGAGUACACCAUCCGACUCGCAGUUACAGAGCAUCGAAAGGGAAAGUGCAAAUCGUAGUCUAUUUACGCGCGAGUUAGUGGUGAGCACAUUGGUAGAAGCAUUGCCGGAUCUGACCUUAUCUCAGCAGCAGGUAGCUUCGAGUGCGCCGACGCCUGCCUCAAGUGUAUCCACGGCAAUGAGUAGUCCCGAGACGCCGAAUGCCACCAGUGCCUCGUCGUCUUCGACAACUUCCAACCAACAACAACAACAUCAACAGCAGCAGGCAUCGUUGAAAAAGUCACAAGAUGGUAGUAAAAGAGAGCAGCAACAGGGCAACAGUGUAAUUAGCAAACAGAGUGCAACGCAACAGCAACAGCAUCAGGCCGCGGCGUCGCCAGCCAGUCAAGGUUUACCGGCGAAUCCAAAUUCUGCUGCUGCUGCAGCAGCAGCUGCUACUGUCACAACUCAAAGCACGACGCCAGUCGUACAAACACUAAUGCACGUCAUACCUCAAUCACUGGUAUUGCAGCAGCCACUGCCAAUAAGGAAUACCGGCACCGGUACGAUCAGGCAACAGAUAGGUGUGCCAACAGCGGCCGUGGCGGCAUACCCACAGCGCGGAAACAGCGCAGCUCAGUCGCGCCGGAAGCCAGUGAGGACUGUCGACGGGCGAAAUCAGUCGACGGAGCCGCCGCCUCCGCACUAACUUUUAUCAUCCUCUUCCUGUUCCUUCACCUACUCCAACUCCUCCUCAUCGUUUCACGUAUGUCCUUCCACUUCCUUCAGCCUCCUCCAGUCCUACCUUCCCAUCCUUAGAGAAAGAAUGAGUGAGCGAGAGAGAAAGAGAGUGAGCGAGAGAGAGAGACAGAGACGUUUAUUAAGAGAUAAAACUCACUUAGCACACUAGUCCUAGAGCAUCUGUUUAGACACACCUGUCGUCAUUAUUGUUAUUAUUGUCAUGCAUACACUUGCGCGAACAAUUAUUACUAUUAUAUUGUAGCGAAACGGCGAAUCAGAGAAAGCGAGUCAUAAAAACGUGAUACACGUAAGGGUGAUACAGCGACUUUGGCGUGUUGUAUAAUAAUCGAUUGCUAAAAAUUCACAACUGUGUUUGGUUUUUCUUCCUUUUUUUGCAUUCUUCUAAAACAAAUAUACACUAAUUUACUAUCGUUUAAUUAUUAUUUCUUUUAUUCGCCUAUUUUCGGAUAUCUUUUUCCCGCUUUGUCAUCCACGCUUACACAAGUUUUUUUUCUGAUACGUUACAUAGUUUUAUUUUAUAUUCUUUCAGUUAUAAAUUAGUAGAACACUGAUUAUUUGCUUAUCUUAUUAAUAAUAUCAAUUACCUGUAUUCGAGUGCCACGAGCUCGGUAAUGCCACUUUUUACCUAUUGAUCGUCAUUGAUAAAACCUUCAUUACAUGCUUACACCUCCACGUAUAUUUUGUAAAAUUCUUAUAUGAAAAAAAUAACUUUUAAAUGUACACUUUGUUCAAAAUUGCAAAGUUCAAACGUAUAUGUCAAUACAAUCACGCUGUGGAUAAAAAAAGAUUAAGUAGUUGGUUGUCUCUCUGCCCCUGACCAAAAUAACGUAAUGAUGCAGAAGUUGUCCUUUUAGUCUCACUUCCUUUGUUCUUUCUCUCUUUUUCACUUUUCCUUCUGCCCUGCCUCGAUGCGUAUAUAAUUUUUAAUAAAUAAAAGAAAAAUCUCGUUUGCAGGAAUAGAAUUAUUGUGAUUCGAGUGUGUGAAUGUGAUUACAAGAGAUGUUUAGCACGAUCAAUAAUUUUGCUCCUUUUUUCGAUAGCGCAAUAUCCGCCAAGUAACAACAGUAGCCCCAUCUUUUUCAUGCUAUUAUUUACGGAUUAAUCAUUACUAGACCAUUUAUUAAAAACAGCAGUUUUUAUUCGUCACUGACAACGUCGUUAUUAACGUAUCAAAUAUCAAUAUAAUAUUAAUGCUAAAGCUUGUAAAACUAGAUAGUUGAUGAAGGAGAACAAAACAGAAACAAAUUUCGCGCAAUCAGUUUGUGCGUUCCCUGUUGUAAUAUACAAUAACACGCAUACACUUCCUACCAAGAGUAUAAUGAUUAAUGAUCGUUUAACAAAAAUAAAAUAAUAAGUCUUUUAUUCUGAAAAAAAUUGUUAUAACAAGUUUCUUAUUUCAAACUCUUAAUAGCUAGUUUUACUUUAUGUACAAGAUUAACGAAAGCCAGCGUCUUUUAAAGUUGCGCUCUCAAAUUGCGAACAGAACAAGACAAGACUCAAUUUUUUAGCGUUUCAUUCUAAUCAACGAACCCAUGCAAAUUAACAAAAUGGAAAAAAAAACGUUGUAAAAUUUUAUAUUGUAUAAAAGAGAAAAUAUUCAAGAGGAGAGAAAGACAUGAUACGCAAACUUUUAUAUAAUAAAUGUGUUUGUAAACGACGGAAGAAUCCGUGGCGAUCCUGUUUUCUAUACUCGGAAGGGGCUACUGUGCGCAAAUUUUAAAAGGUGCUCGGCGACAAAAGUUAACAUUUUUUCGAAAGUAACAACACAUGUACAAUACACACACCGCGUAUACUAUGAGAUCAAGUAGAGUACGUCGGAGGUUGUCGAGAAAGAAAGAAACUGAAAGAAAGAAAAACAAAGUCGACGAGUGCGAGAGAUAUAAUAGCUUUGUAAAUUUUCAAGGGUGAAGGCGAUUAUUCUGUGAGAAUUAUAUAUACGAGGACGGAUGAUGAGCUGAUACGUCAAAUAACUCGUACUAUACAUAUAAUUUUUUUGUUUUCUUUCUGUACAUAUUUUUAAAUGAAAGAGAGAUUGAAGCGCGGUACACACGUCUCACAUAGCAUUACUCGUAUAACAGACACAAAGGACGUCUUAUUAGCAGUGAAAAUUAAAAAAAGUAAGCAAAUAACAAAGUAAAUCUACCAGGUCGCUGAUUUUUCUUGUGGGUAAAGUCGAUGAUCACGGUUAUAAGCAAGCGUGUGUUUCCUUAUAUACAGCGGAGAUAAAAAGCAUGUUUAAAAAUAUAAGAAAUAAAGUGAAAAACGCGCAAAAGAAAGCAGCGUUUUUUUUCAACACAUAAUUUUAACAUACCGAACACACUGCAAAAAACUUUGAUCGCGACAAUUCUUAUACAUAAUAACGAUAACGAUUAAACUUGUAAAUCGUGUUUAGUUGUAUUAUUUGUGUUAUAAUAUGCCUCUAAUGCAGAAUGUAAUGGAAAUUUAAAGAAAAUCUUUGAAUCAACUUUUGAGAGUGUCGUUUUCAUCAUUUCUUUUCUUCUUUUAUACAUUUUUACGACAUCUUUAUUUCUAAAUAAAUCAUUGUAAUUCUUUUACUUCUCUUUUUAUCCAACGCGCCUUACUAGGAAAAUGUAUUUUACUGUAACAAUGCUCCUAUUGUCACAAUUUUUUAUGCUUUAUUGAGACUCAGCAAUCUCUCAUUUCUUUGUUAUUAAAUUUUAGCAAUUUUCAAAUAUUUCUAUUCCGGGAGAAUCUUGUUCAUAUGCUUUGAACGUUUCUCGUUGUACGCAUACUUGUAAGAGCAUUGCAUUUGCUGCUGUGUUUAAGAAAGAUAUCGUGAUCAAAAGUAUAAUUUUUAAGUUAAACGUUAUUUAUUCAAGUUGUUCUUAUGAUGAUAAAA